GAACCCAAGUUUGGGCCGACAGCGCCACCUGGCCAAAUAUUGGCCGACCUCGUUACGUGGGUGGCCACAAUUUCUGACGGGUGACAGAUUGUUCUGCAACAGGGGUUACCGGUUCGCUUCCGAUCUGGCUAGAGAUGGAUCCGAAUGGUCACGAAGUCAAACAUUGCUCGAACGCAAAUAAUCCCACGAGGGACCCGAUUGACAACAACAUGGCCACAAGGACGAAAUAUUUAGGGGGAGUGACCGUGAUCUCUCCGAUCGAGUCUCGCCGGAACGAGAUGAGAAUGAGUAAGCUCGCCUAUCCGUACGUUUUGAUUAUUAUUCCCCCUUUCUUGACUGUCUUUUUUUUUGGGGGGGGGAAUGUUUUAGUGGCUGAGAAGGAAGAAGAAGAGCUUCAGAAAUUGAAGGAGGCUCUCAGACUCACACACGUGCACACCACGCCACAGAGACUCGGCGGCGAUGCCACCUUGGCCCAAGUCAGGGAGAGACAGUCUGCGGACUUGCGUUGCUCCAAGAUGCAGAAGAAGCUCAAACAGGAAACUUUGGCUCAGAAGAAGAGAAAAGAAGAGGAGGAUGAGCUUCAGUGGAAGAAAGACGAACACAGAAAAAAGGCCGAGCGUCUGGAGGAACGGAAGAAGGCGGAGCAGCAGAGAAGGCGGGAAGACCUCCAACAAGAUCACGCCCAGGUGAACUCGGCCUUCUUGGACAAGCUCGACCGUCCCAGCGGAGGAAGCGUAGGAAACCCGACGAGCGAGUCCGGCACCCGUGGACAAGAAAGACCUGGACCUCGUCCGGGGGACGACGACUCUGGCGAGGCAGAGGAGACCGACCAGGACCAGGACGAGUACCAAGAGCGGUACCGCUACCAGAACCUGGAAUGGGCCUUGAUGAAACUGAUGGUAAACUUCCCAGACUUCAGCAGACUCUUCCUGGAGGACAUCCUCGACCAGUGUAGCGGCGACUACCGGCAGGCGCACGCUUUACUCAAGCGCUCGAUGACUUGAAGUCGAAAGAGAUAAAUGCGGGGCGGCUGGAGCUCUUCUAUAUUGCGAGGAUUUGUGAUUGAAAUGCCAUUCGGGACUUUUGCGAGUUUUUGGACAUGAGUGACAUCGCUUGGUCCAUUUUUUGCAUUGUGUUGCGGGCCGGACACCGAUAAAUGAACGGGACAAGUGGUCAAACGCACAAGAAUCGGAACACGCUCGAGCAGCUACAGUAGACCACAAGCAAAAGUCACGGCCGGACGCUUCCAGGGACUACAAUUCAAGUCCAGACCCUUACAGAGACCAAAACUCACGGCCGGACGUUUACAGAGACCAAAAGUCACGGCCGGACGCUUCCAGAGACUAAAACUCAAGUCCAGAUGCUUCCAGAGACCAAAAGUCACAUCUGAACACUACCAGAGCCCUUAAAGUCACGUCCGGACACUUCCAGAGACUAAAACUCAAGUCCAGAUGCUUCCAGAGACCAAAAGUCACAUCUGAACACUACCAGAGCCCUUAAAGUCACGUCCGGACGCUUCCAGAGACUAAAACUCAAGUCCAGAUGCUUCCAGAGACCAAAACGUCACGUCUGGGCGUUUCCAGCGAGCAAAGGUCACCUCUGGACGCUUCCAGAGACUAAAACUCAAGUCCAGAUGCUUCCAGAGACCAAAAGUCACAUCCGAACACUACCAGAGCCCUUAAAGUCACGUCCGGACAAUUACAGAGACUAACCGGCCAUGUCUUGAGAUCCUUCACGAGGCCACGCCCCUUUUAAGGUUGUCGUUGGGACUUUGAAGUGUCAACAACAACCAGAUGUGCAGUGAUGUCGCUUUCGAGAUCAUUCGAUUCUCUUUUAUUGUUUCAUCGUGUUUUCAUGCUUUGCCUUUUUCUUUGUUAAAAGCGCCCUUCCCAAAAAAUGGCGGCAGUUGUUGUGUGCGGAACGGAUCGUUCAUUUCUCCAACGAGUGGAUUUCCAUUUGAUGCGUGAGGUCGUUGUACGCGUUUGCAGAAUUGCGCGGCGGGCCGUAUCCGGAGCUCCCGCGGGCCGACGGUUGCCCGACGCCGGUCUUUGGGUAUUUGCUGUGUUGCCCGCAAGCUGAGUGAGCCCCCUUUUUCUUUGCUUCUGGGAGAUCAUCUUCGCCUCAUUUUCGGGGCCCUUAAUGGAGUCAGCGCGUGCAGCCGGACACGGAAGCGCUCCACCCGAAGACGGACGGACGGACCCAAGUCCUAUUCUCAAGAAACCGCCGGGUGUUUUUGACGUCAAUGAUUUGUUUUCUGGUCUGUGUCUUUCGAUUCCAAAUCCCAAAUCUUUGUUCAAUGGGGAAGACGCUUCCAAUGUUAAUUUGACUUUCUCCGAAUGGACGAUGGCGCAAACUUAAGAGGAGCAUUUAUGGAGAACGCACUUUUGGGUCUCGGGACCGCCUGCCCGCGCGCAUCAAGUUGGAACUCAAACAUUUUUGCGAACGCGUCCGUGUCGGCGAGCGCUUCCGACGUCGACUUUCUCCCGGCCCGCUGUCGCGUCCCGGUAUCGACGUAUGGGACAAAACGGGCCGAUUUCGGGUGAGCUGGAGCCGAUCCCGUCUUGACUUUGAGCGAGAGGCGGCCGGCGCCCCGAACCGGUCGCGAGUGCGCUCUAAUUCGUGACCUUUGAGGUACUUUGACGUGAUUGAGAUGCCUGGCAGCAGUUUCCAAACAUACCACCCAAAAAUCGGAGCAUGUGCAUUCUAUGGAGUACCAUUCAAUCACUUUUCUCUAAUAGGAUGGGGGAAUGUUCUGAACUCCUGCGAUUGGCGCCUGAGGAGAAGCGCUACAGCAAAUGGAUGGAAGGUUGUGAACUCCACGUGGCGCAAGACGCUUUCUUUGCCGUCCUAACGCUUGUCGGCCAUGAAGCGCAGAAAGGGGAGCGCCCUUUUAAACGGUGCCAGUUCGUUGUCGAGGUCGCGCCCUUUUAAACGGUGCCAGUUCGUUGUCGAGGUCGCGCCCUUUUAAACGGUGCCAAGCCGCCGAUUUGAUUGACGUUGGAAGAAAAAAGACAAUUUAACAAUUGUUUGUCGCAGGCUGGCGUCCCCUCCGGGAAUCGGCGUGCCACGUCGGGCUUGUCUGAGCCUGGCAAAUUCCAGCUGGUUUCCGCAAAGCCGGCAAAAUGAUAGCAAGUCGGAAACCGAGGACGCCUGAAUUUAGGUCGAAAUCUGCGACCAAUAAAAUACCCAAAACCCGAACAAAGCGCCAGACGAAUGUGUUGGAGCUUCAGAUGUGCUUGAUUCCAACAUGACCUCAAACGCACCACUAGGUGGCAGCAGUUAACUUCCUUUGAUAUUUGCACGACCUUGUGAGUUCUGAUCGCGAUGGAUGAUUUGACUUGAUGGCAAAAAUGAAAUUGGCUGAGAGUGUUGACUUGAAAUCGAAGCACCGAAAGAAGGCGGCCAUCUUCGUGGAAAGCCGACGCAAUCUUUUGAUCUUUGUUGGUGUUGGAACGUUGCGCUUGUGCGAGUGUAGGAGUCAAAAAGAAAGCUCAUGUUGUGCGUGCGUGGGCGCGACAACGCGAGCUUCUUGUGAGGGCGGCGCCCCCCGCCCACCCCGCGGGAAUCCCCCGACUCCCCUGGCCCGCGUUUGCUGGCGUAGCUGCCUCUGUUGUUCCUUUUCUCCUCCGCAUUCCAGACGUGGCGGCUCCGUCCGGCACGAGAGACGUGUGCCGGGAAGGCCAAAGAAGGUCGAGACGCGUGAACACCACGCAAGACUACUCACCGACUGCUCCGUUUGGAUUGGAUAAGUAUGAUGUUCAAAACGUGCGGCAACACACGUAGACUGACAAAAUAACAAUACGCACAGGCAAAUAUUCUUUAGCCCGUGUCAAGAGCGAUGAUUAUUACUGUGUCGGUUGUGGAAGUCUUCUUUGUGCGUACCUCCCGGUCCGUACGAUACUGCCGACGGGUGCCGAGGAGCACGAUGUCCAUCGAAUAGAAGUCAAAACUGCGGCGAACAAUCUUUCCUUCUUUAUAUUCUGUUGUCCCUGCCUCACGUGGGCCCGAAUGCAAGUGGACUGUCAGCCCGCUCGAUUACUGCGUGGUUUUAAGUGAAUCCUUUUGAAACGUUUGGAAGAACUCAGCGGAGAACAAGCAAGCAGUAGAUGAACGUCGUGGAGACGGCGCGAGGCAAAAUCCUUUGCGGUCACAUCGGGGAACUUUCGAGGUUUCCGUCAGCUUCGCCGUCACCGAGAGAGCCGCGUUUAAAAGCCGCCUCCGUCUCGAGCGGCUCCGUCCGUCAACAUUUCCUCGGAGCGCUUCGGCUCUCGGCCCGCGUCUUGUCGGUACGGUGGCGGCAAAAAGCACGCAAGAAAAAAAAAACGCAGCCCGUCACAGGCGAGUCAACUUUUCCAAAUCGGUGGCGUGAGAGCCUCUUCGAGAUAUUAUUUUGCGAGUACGUCGAAACGCCUUACAGCAUGAAAUCAUUUGGACUUGGAGCAAAAUGUUCUGAAAAGUCCCCAAUGAGUUCACCGUUGAGACAUUGUCGUCAGCGGGUGCGCUCAUCAGCGGUGGUUCUCAAAGCGUGCUACGCGGGCUCCCUCUAGUGGUGCGCCAAAGGAUCACUCAAUUCAAUGUUGAAACUGCAGCAUUUUCUUUUUUAUCCAGCGCAGCACAUUUGGGAAGUACGGUUGAGCUGAAUUUCACUUUUAUGUCGUGAAUCUUUGGAAACACAUUUUAUUGCAACAUUUGGGGAUAAUCCAUUUUCAUGGAGUUCUUUUUGAUGUAGUUUUCUUUUCCUCUAUUUUAGCGCACUAUUACCUGAACAAUAUGGAUUCGUCGACAGUCCAGUGUGCCCCUGAAAUUCGUGAGGGGUCGGGACCGAGCCCCGUCGCGAAUAGCGAAAAUCUGCGAGGAAUUGCCGCGCUCGCUUAGACGGUUUAUAAUCGCCAAUAGAUGCCAAUUAUAGAUUACCGGUGCACUCGCUGUAGUCGUCCCGCCACGCUGCACUAUUUGCAUAUCUGUUGUUGACCGAUACUGGCCACUCAUGCCAGAGUAGCAUCUGCAACAUUUGCACAAUCGACAUUGUCCCAGAUGAUCGCUUGAAGUCUCGGCGCUCAUUGCACCGGACUAUUGCAAUAUCAGUCUUUCGAACUGCUCUAAGUGCUAGAGGACUCUGCAUCUUUUUGCACAAUUGUCAAAAAAAAAAAAAAAGUAGCGGCAUUACCAGAUAACUAGCAAGCCUUUAUUGCUCAGUGACUGUUUUUUGUCAAUGUCUUUCUGUCUCCAAAGCGUUCUCCGUCAAUUGACCGUCUGUUGUCGUACUCGAGCGGCUCCGACUACCGGAGACAAAUUGCUUGUUUGUUUUUUGGACAUACUUGGCAAAUAGAGGCGAUGAUUCUGAUUCCGAUUCUGAUUGUGAGAAUCCACGCAGGCACGGACGGGGAGAACAUGCUAACUCCACACAGGCAGGGCCGGAUUGGAUGGUUGAUUCCAAAAUCGCUUGUUCAGUCAGCGCAAAAGCGGCGUAGUGGCGGUUUGCUGCGUUUGCUUGUUUGGCAGGGUGUUAAUCUGCGGCGCGGUCGCUUCUAUAUGUUAUUAUUUUAAAUUGAGGUUUUGGGCGGCUGGGAGACGGCCAAGUGGGACGGGGGCGCUCGGGGUCCAGGGGGAGUGGACCGUUUUCUCGUGGAACCGUUACGUUAAUGCAACCUUCUCUUCCAUCUAUUGUGAUUUUAUAUUUAGCGACAUGACCGUCUCUGUUUUGAUUCGACAAAAUUUGGAGUGGCGCCAAACACUUACAGCGGGUUACUUCAUACCAGGAAAACCAUCCAUCCAUUUUCUGUCGCGGGCGCGCCGGAGCCUAUCCCAGCUAACAUCGGGCAGGAAGCGGGGGACACCCUCAACCGGUUGCCGGCCAAUCGCAGGGCACAUACAAACAAACAAACAAACAACCACCCGCACUCACAUUCACACCUACGGGCAAUUUCGAGUCUGCAAUGAAGACAUGUUUUUGGGAUGUAGGAGGAAAACUAUUUACUUUGUAUUAUUUUUAAUCCCAAUUUUACAUCGUAAAAUAGUAAAGUGCUGAAUCUCAUCCAACUCAAUUACUCUGUUAUUCAUUCCAACAACUAAAUCCAGAAACGUGGCGGCCAUGUUAAAUGUGGCAACGUUCUCAGACCAUCCAUUGACUGGCAGCAGUUCAGUCUAUUUUAGUCGCGUACCUAGCGUCGUGCGCUGCGCAGAGAGAGCACACAUGGCUGGCUGCGACGUUAAUUCAAAGAGGAAAAUCACACACGAGUCUCUGGAGUCUGGAACGGGUUAUUUUUGGUACAGUGCAGUGUUUCCCGCAGGACGGCAAUCUACGGUAUUUGUGGUGGUGGGUACCCGGCGGUUUUGGAAGUGAAACCAUUACCUACCCAAUAUCUUAUAAUAAAUAAAACCUAUUUCAAUAAAAGUAUACAAUGGCUUCAAUAAAUCAAUCAAUAAAUGGAUACAAAGAGAUUAAUAUCCAAAAUCUAGCGUAUUUGUAGCAGCCAAAAUGUAAUUGUGGCGGCAAACCACAAAGAAAUGCAUGUGUGGCAAACCCUGCAGUGAAGAUUUUUUUGGACAAGCCGUUCGUCAAUGGCGACAGAUUAGGAACUAGGAAGCACACUCAUUCCUUGGGGCUCAGGAAAGCGACCCACCUACAAUGAGUUCUGAACGUCAACAAUGUCACCAUGACUAAGCACGUUUGGAUCAAAUGUUUUCAAGCUUUUCUAUAUUUGUGGACAAUAACUUUGUACUGUACUGAGCAUUUUAGGCCACAAAAAAAGGAAUAAACAAUUUUGUACUGCA